AUGACAGAAGAGAAUAUGCUGAAAAGUAUAGUGGAUUCAACUGGAUUAAAUUCCGAGGAUGUACAAAAUAUCAUAGAAAUGAGAAAUGAUUUGAUCGACAAAUUAUCAGAAAAAGUUGAAGAAAGCAGUGAAAAGUUUAACAAAGUGCGAAAUGAGGUGAUUAAAGUAGUUCCAGACAUUAUUAGUCAUAGCGAAAAGUUAGAGCACGAAACUGAGGAUGGUGUAAGUGAAAUGCUAAAGGAAACUAAAGGAAAACUGUACGAUACGGCAAAUGAUGUUAAUUGCGCUUUUUCUGGAGUAAUCAACGACUUGACAAUGUUUAGUGGAGAAAGCGACCAGAAAGCUUCAGAAAUUUUAGGAGAUAUCAAGGACAGGAUAGAGAGAUUUACUGAUGAUAUUGGAAGAACUACUUUUGAAACUGACAGUGGAUUAGAGGAAUUAGAGAAAAUAAAAGGAGGAACUGAGAAUGUACUGGAUGUCACGACCAAAGAAAAUGAACUCAUCGGAAAUGUCGACGAGAUAGUUUCCAAAAUAUCCGUUGGAUUUGGAGAGGAAGCGAUCCGAAAAGGAUUAGAAGAAGUUGUGAAUAAAAUAUAUCCGUUCGCAAAAAGUGAUGAGAGGACAGUUUCGGAAACAGUUGAUACUUGUGAAAAGUUUGACAGUGAGAUUAGUGAGAAAACUACUGUGGAAGUGGAGGAAGAAGAAGGGAAAAUGGGUAAAUUGAGAAAAGAGACAUUUGGGGACUUUCAGAAGUUAAAAGAGGAAGUAAAUAACAAAGUAGCGGAUGUAGAAAAAUCUGCUGGAGAAAAAUUACAAGGUUUCAAAGAGGGGAUCAAUGAAAAAAUCAAUGAGAUCAACAUGGUGUCAGAUGUGAAAGAUAUUAUCUAUGGAUUAGAUGACAGAGAGAAGCCGAUAGUCGGGAUGAGUGAUGUCUGUGCUAGAGAGGAUAAUGAGGACCUCAAAGAAGACAAAUUCUCUGAAGAAAUUUCAGCUCUCGCAGAGGUCGAUUUUCUCAGUGCUGCCAAUAUUGAUCACUUAAAAAGCAACACUUCUAAUAAAGAUACAAAAAAGGUGGAAGAGAUAGCGUCGAAAUCAGAAGAUAGCAAAGAGACACAAGCUAUCAAAACAAUCAUACCACCGGGAAGAGAUGUUCCAGAACAGGUGGGCAUUCUUUCCGAAAGCGGUGUUUAUUAUGAUGAUUAUGAUGCGUUGAAAGUGAAAGUAGAGGAAAUCGCGAUUACAAAACAAAAAGAUACUGUGAAUGAUAAAGCGGAUGAGGUGAACAAAUUGUUUGAAGCGCAUAGUAUCAGCAAAAAACUGAAGGAAUGGGAAACAGGUGGUGAUGUGGCAGACCAACAGGAAAUGCAAAGAAAGGAAAUUCAUGAUAUCACAACUGACCUAAACGAAAGCAGUAUGGCAAUUGGUGACAGCAAAAGUGAAACGCAAUUUACUAAAAAUGAGGAGCGAAAAUUAUCCAGUGUCUCACAACAAUUUCCACUUAUUUCUGAACAUAUUAAGGAUGAACACAGUGAAACUACAGAUCGUUUAAAGGAGGUAAGUGAGGAGCUGGUAGUGAGUUCCGCUAAUGAGAUAGGACCGCCACUAGUGCAACAUUUUGAGAUCACCGAAUCAUUAAUGGCUGCAUCAGAACGCAUUGAGAAACAGCAAUCCAGUGAACCAACAUCAGAAUUAUGUUUUGUCGCAGAAAAAUCGUUUACUGCUAAUGGAAAAGGAACUGAGCAUGAAAUCAAGUUGAUAGCUAUUGCGCCGCAACCUGAAACAAAUGUUAAUCUUUUUACCGACCAGCCAUCAGCUGCAGAAGAUGCACUCAAAUUCUCUGCAGCUCCAACUGUUCUCGAGAAUGCACUACAGUCAAGUAUCCCGACCAAAAGGAAUGACCAGGAUGAAAUAGUCACAGGGGCAGUGAUCGACCACAUACAAGAAAAAACUGAAUCAAAACAUGAGUCUGCAAAGACAAGUUUUGUUAAUCGUAGCGGUCAACCUGACCGUGCGGCAUCAUUAUCAGUCUCAUUGCGUUUACCCGUGCUACCACCCAAAAAUGCACCGCCACCAGUACCACCGAAGAAAAAAUCUAUUGAAAUGAUCCUUGCAGAAGAAGCCAAAGCUAUGGGACAGCAUUCAUUAAGGGGAUUCGAAACAUUGACUGAAAGGACAGUAAGUCCCGAAAUCGGAAAAGAUGAACUUGGGUCAAACGAUAAAGAGGAACAGAAUGUCGAAAUACCACAAAAGUCUGAAUCCCAAAUGACAAACACAACGGCGUCGACACAGAUUCAGACAAUUGAAACUCAAAAGACAAGAGAAUGUCCGAUCCUAUCAGCAGCUGAAACAAAAUCUGAAGCAGCACAUGAAAAGGAUAAAAUGGACACAAUGAAAUCGAAAAUCAGUGAUGGACAACAGCAACAGUCACGACGAUGCACUAUAAUAUGA